AUGGUCAAGGCUUAUAUCCACGAUAACGAUAGUUCCGUUGAUUUCAGAGAAGACCACGACACUGGCAAGCCAGUGUCAUUGGAAAAACUAGAACAAAUCGGACUCAUAUACAGGAAAUUCGAUACCCAAGAAGAAGUAGACCAGUUCGCUCAGGAUAGAGACUACAAGAACAGAGAUAUCGUUAACAUUACCGUCAACAGUUUCCCCGAUGAGGAAACGAUGAUUAGCAAGUUGAACGUUUUCUACGCAGAGCAUUUGCACGAGGAUGAAGAAAUCCGCUACUGUCUCGACGGAGAAGGGUUUUUCGACGUCAGGGAUCCAUUCACCGAGGAAUGGAUCCGUUGUAGAGUGCAAAAGGGCGAUUUACUCGUGUUACCGGCCGGUAUAUACCAUCGGUUCACUUUGACUUCGGACAAUUACAUCAAGGCAUUGAGAUUGUUCAAAGAAGAACCAAAAUGGCUGGCUUAUAACAGACCCGACGCAGACGAUAACCGUUACCGUCAAGAAUAUUUGACCCAAGUGGGGCUAUGA